AUGGCCGAUAUCAACGUUGAAGAUAUUCUGAAGAAGCUCUCUUUGGCUGAGAAGGUCUCUCUUCUCGCAGGUAUUGACUUCUGGCACACAAAGGCUCUCCCUGAGCAUGGGGUUCCAUCUCUUCGUCUUUCAGAUGGGCCCAACGGUGUAAGAGGCACCCGUUUCUUCAACGGUAUUCCAGCAGCAUGCUUCCCUUGCGGUACAGGCCUUGGUGCCACUUUCAACCAAGAGCUUCUGGAAGAAGCGGGAAAGAAGAUGGGCGAAGAAGCCAUUGGCAAGAGUGCCCAUGUUAUCCUUGGUCCUACCAUCAAUAUGCAACGAUCGCCUCUUGGCGGACGUGGUUUCGAGUCCAUCGGUGAGGACCCCUUUCUCGCUGGUCUCGGUGCUGCUGCUCUUGUCCGUGGAAUUCAGAGCACAGGUGUCCAGUCGACUAUUAAGCACUUUGUUUGCAAUGACCAAGAGCAUAAGCGUAUGAGUGUCCAGGCCAUCAUCACUGAACGUGCUCUCCGCGAGAUCUACGCUCUUCCAUUCCAGCUUGUCGUGCGUGACUCCCAGCCCGGUGCUUUCAUGACAUCUUACAACGGAGUAAAUGGAACUUCUUGCAGUGAGAGCCAGAAGUUGUUAAAAGACAUGCUACGAGGUGAAUGGGGCUGGGAGGGUCUGAUCAUGAGUGACUGGUAUGGUACCUACAGUGUUACAGAUGCCAUCAAAGCCGGUCUUGAUCUUGAGAUGCCCGGCCCCACCCGCUGGCGAGGCGACGUCCUUAACUUCGCUGCUGCAUGCGAGAAGGUCUGGGGACAUGUUAUUGAUGAACGCGCUCGCGAGGUUCUUAAGUUUGUCAAAAAGUGCGCUGCAUCUGGGGUUCAAGAGAACGGUCCCGAGAAGACCCUCAACACUCCUGAAACAGCAUCGCUCCUUCGCAAGAUCGGAAAUGAGAGCAUUGUUCUCCUCAAAAAUGAGAAGAACAUCCUUCCUCUAGCUAAGGACAAGAAGACUUUGGUUAUCGGUCCCAAUGCAAAGGUUGCGACUUACCAUGGCGGUGGCUCUGCCUCCCUGGCCGCAUACUACGCCGUUACACCCUAUGACGGUAUUGCUGAGAAGCUCGGCAACCCUCCCGCUUACACCAUAGGCGCAUAUACGCACAAGCUGAAUCCUCUCUUGGGCGAUCAGACCAAGGGUCCUGACGGCAAGACCGGCAUGAGCUGGAAAGUGUACAAUAAGCCCCCCAGCGACACGUCCCGCAAGCCUGUGGACGAGCUGUGGUUGACCAAGUCAGAGAUGCAUCUUGUUGAUUACUACAACCCCGAACUCGAGGAUCUUUGGUAUGCUGACCUUGAAGGUAUUCUCGAGGUUGAAGAGGACUCUACUUAUGAGUUUGGCGUAAUUGUUUGCGGUACUGCCAACCUUUAUGUCAAUGACGAAUUAGUCGUCGACAACAGCACCAAGCAAGUCGCUGGCGAUGCGUUCUUCGGCACAGCAACACACGAGGAGCUUGGCCGCAAGGAGCUCAAGAAGGGAGAGAAGUACAAUGUUAGAAUCGAGUUUGCCUCUGCUCCAAGCUUCAAACUCAAGCUUGACAACCCUGUCGUAGGCCAUGGAUCUCUUCGUGUGGGUGCUUCCAAGGUCAUCAAUGCCAAACAAGAGAUCGAGCGAUCUGUCGCUCUUGCCAAGGAGCACGAUCAGGUUAUCAUUUGCGCUGGUCUCAACUCCGACUGGGAGACCGAGGGAUCUGACCGGGAGAGUAUGAAGCUCCCUGGGAAGCUCGACGAGCUUAUCUCGGCUGUUGCUGCGGCGAAUCCCCAAACGGCCGUUGUCAUGCAGACCGGUACACCUGAGGAGAUGCCCUGGCUUGGCGAAGUGCCUGCCGUAAUUCAGGCCUGGUAUGGCGGUAACGAGACCGGUAACUGCAUUGCAGACAUCCUUUUUGGCGAUGCCAAUCCAUCUGGCAAGUUGUCUCUCAGCUUCCCCAAGCGCUUGACCGACGUGCCAGCAUUCCUCAACUUCCGCACCGAAGCUGGCCGAACACUUUACGGCGAGGACGUGUAUAUGGGUUACCGAUACUACGAGUUUGCCGACCGAGAGGUUAACUUUCCAUUCGGUCAUGGUCUCUCCUACACUACCUUCGCUUUCUCAGACCUCAACGUCUCAUCAAAGGACGGUAAGCUCACAACAUCUGUCACCAUACGCAACACAGGGUCUGUUCGUGGUGCAGAGGUUGCCCAGCUCUACGUGCGCCCGUUGCAGGCAGCCAAGGUGAACCGGCCUGUCAAGGAACUCAAGGGCUUUGCCAAGGUCGAGCUUGAUGCGGGCGAGUCCAAGGCUGUAACCAUUUCUGAGUUUGAGAAGUAUGCCGCUGCCUACUUUGACGAAGAACAAGACAAAUGGUGUGUCGAGGCUGGAGAGUACGAAGUCAUUGUAAGCGACAGCAGUGCCGUGGGCGAGAAAGCACUCAAGGGAUCGUUCAAGAUUGAGGAGACCUACUGGUGGUCUGGUAUUUAA